UAGUGAAGUAUAGACAAAAAUAAAAGAAAGACAAGAAUUACCUACUCAUCAACAUAUUAUAGUCCCUCCCAGCUUUCCAUAGAGUGAGAGAGAGAUGGCAGGGGCGUCGUUUAGGUGGAUACUACAGCUGCACAAGGACGUGCCAAAAGCUGCUCGGUUCUACUCGGAAGGCUUGGACUUCACCGUCGAUGUCUGUACUCUUCGCUGGGCUGAGCUUCAGUCCGGCCCACUCAAACUUGCCCUCAUGCAAUCCCCCAAUGAUCAUGUCAUGCAGAAUCGAAUGGGAUACUCUUCACUUCUGUCUUUCACAGUGAAGGACAUUAAUCAAACAAUGACAAAACUAAUGGCUUUAGGUGCUGAGCUAGAUGGCCCCAUCAAAUAUGAAAUUCAUGGCAAGGUUGCAUCCAUGCGUUGUAUUGAUGGGCACAUGUUAGGCCUCUACGAACCCGCCUAGGAGCUCCAGAAGAAGUCCCUUAAAUGCAAC